UGCUUUCAAUUUGUUCGGUUGGUUCAUCGUCAGUCAAAAGUAAAAUUAAAAAAAAAAAAAGUGUCUACAAUCGUCCAACUGGGCAAAAAUACACGUAAAAUAAAAAUACAAAAAGAAUUCAAUUAAAAAAAAUUCAAUUUUCUGUUUUUAAAAUUAUUUGUAUUUUUUUUUUCUUCAUCAAAUUGAAAUAAACCAAAUACGAAUCGCGUAACUCAACCAAAAUCAGAAAGAAGACAAAAAAUAUUAACAAAAAAAAAAAAACUUAACACGUAUGUUAUUGAUUUUGUGCAAAAAUUAACAAGUGAACUCGAUUAAAAAAAAAUCAAAAAUUAAUCAAAACAAAAUAAAUACAAAAUUUGUCAAAUAUUUUAAUUUGAAAGCUAUUCCAGUAAAUUAUUCAAAAGAGGUCAAUGCUAUUCAAUUGAAGAUCAUACGAUCUGACUUCGACGUCAUUCAAUUGUAAUUCAAAAGCGGAACCGCAUAUCGCAUCGUUUAUAUUGUUGUAGUUAGCUCUAUCCAUCUACAUCAGAGCAAACACACAAAUUAAACCGAAAGAUACGACGAGUAAAAGCGCACAUCUUUCUCACACACUAUAGUUGUGGAAUUCUCUGAGAGAAGAUAUAAUAAAACCAUUGCACACGUCUUGACAAAAUAAAAAAAGCAAAAAGAAAAAAACUCAAAAAACACAAUCUCAAUCCUCAUCUCGUUGUGUAAAUAGUUUUUUUUUUCUUUUUUAAAUUUUUUGAUUAUUUUGUUGCUUUUGGUUUUUGAAAUUCGGUUGACCGAAUAGUGUAUUUGCAUAAGACACGACCAAUUGAACUUUGCUAUGGCAUCAUCGUCGGUGAUAGCUAACAAUCCAAUUACAUCUCACUCAGCUCUUGGGGCGUCUGCUACUGCUUCAGCUUCAGCUUCGUCCACAUCGUCGUCUUCUUCUUCGUCUCCUUCAAAAACUACAUCCAAUUUAUCUUCAACAUCGUCGCGCAAGAGAACCUACAAAAGUGCACUCUCAAUGCCCACCUCAGCAAUGAAGGCCACAUCUUUGGACGACGAAGCAGGACUUCUAACCACCACCAACAGAUCCACUUCGAUUAUCGAUUUGGAUAUACAAAAUAGCGAUGAAGCUGACAACAUACCCGAAUUGCCAACCGAUGUGGAUUUAUUGAAAGGUGUUGCCGGCACUGGUAGCGGCACAUUUGCCAAUGGAACUAGUAGCAAGAAGAAGUAUGUUCCGCCAAAGAGUACAAACUAUUGCAAUUCAAUUGAAAUUCCGACAAUUUGCAAACCAGCACCAUUUUCAACAGAUGAAGAUGCUAUACUUGAGUGUGAAAGAUGCGAUUACACACAAAGAAUAACUUACCAAAUGGCACGUGCUGGACAAACACCGAGACGUGUUCGUGUUUAUGCUGAUGGAAUAUAUGAUUUGUUUCAUCAAGGUCACGCAAGGCAGCUUAUGCAGGCUAAAAACCUCUUCCCAAAUGUAUAUUUGAUUGUUGGCGUUUGCAGUGAUGAGCUUACUCAUAGUAAAAAGGGUCGUACUGUAAUGAAUGAUUCUGAACGAUAUGAAGGUGUUCGUCAUUGCCGAUAUGUUGAUGAGGUUGUUCCUGAAGCUCCAUGGGAAUUAACUGACGAAUUCAUAGAUGAACAUAAAAUUGACUUUGUAGCACACGAUGACAUUCCAUACACCGGAGAAGGUGUCGAUGAUAUUUAUGCCCCAUUAAAAGCAAGAGGAAUGUUUGUGGCUACUGAACGCACAGAAGGUGUUUCAACCUCUGAUAUUGUAGCCCGCAUUGUUAAGGACUACGAUUUGUAUGUCCGUCGUAAUCUAGCCCGAGGUUACUCAGCCAAAGACCUCAAUGUCUCAUUCCUGUCCGAAAAGAAGUUUAGACUUCAAAAUAAAAUGGAUGAACUGAAAGAUCGUGGUCGUCGUGUUAUGACUGAAGUUAAAGGUGACAUCAUAACCAAAUGGGAGGAGAAGUCACGAGAAUUUAUUGAUGCUUUUCUGUUGUUGUUUGGACGUGAACGUCUUAAUCAUUUGUGGAAUAAUUCCAAAGGAAAACUAAUACAAGCUUUAAGUCCACCGGGAAGUCCAAGUGGAUCUGUUGAUGGUGAUUAUGAAGAUUUUGAUGAUGAUGAAGAUAUUCCAGAUGCAACAGCUACAGCUACAACAACAACAACAAACACAACCACAACAACAACUGUUGAUCAUUCUCCAUCGGCGAGGCGUUCCUAUCGUACUGCUGCUGCCCCAACAUCGACGACGACAGAAAGUCGUCUAAGUAAAAGAUCAACGGCGUCAGCGACUGCAACAUCACACAAUGAUAAUGAUGAUGAUGAUGACUAUGAAGAAAGAAGAAGCAAUUAAGAAAUAUAUUUGUUGCUGCUGAGGCCAUCGAAGAGAGAAUAGACAUUCUAUUGACAUCCUUUUAACUUCAAAUCAAAUUUUUUCCAAUGCUUACAAUAAUUAAUUAUUGCUUCUAUAUUUUGAUGAUUCUUUCUUUAUCAAUUCUACUAUAAUAGCUUGUAGGACUUAUUCUAUUACAAAAUACAAAAGAAUUUUCUUGAAACAUUUAAUGUAAAUUUGCUCUUUAUUUGCUCAUUUAAACUUGUAAAGUCAAGAGUAAAUCAUAAACAAAACCGAAACUUCUGUUCUUGUUUGAUUCAAAUUGUUUAUUGCAAAAUUGUUUUAUUAAUUUUUCUGUUAAAAAAAUUUAUUUAAAUAUACUCUUUGUAAGCAUUUUUUUUGAAGAUUAUAUUUUUGUAUAAAAAAGAUUUGUAUUUCCUAUAAAAAUGCUUGUGCGCUUGUAUUUA